AUGGGGAAGAAGUCCAGCGAUUCAAAAGCCGCCAAUAAGCUUGCAAAGAAAGAGAAGCAGGCAACGAAGAGCGCCAAAGCCGAGAGAAAACUAGCAGGAAAGGGAAAGGGAAAAGAAGAGAAUCUUGAGGAGAUCCUGGCGCAGUUCCAAGAGGAUUGGCAGAAGGCACACGCUGUCAAGGAUGAAAUACAGGCUGGAGCCCCAAGCAGGAGGGCAAGCGCAACCUUAACGGCUUAUGGGGAUCAUCUAUGGCUCAUUGGAGGCGAGUACUUUGAUGGUCAGAAGGCUCACUUCUACAACGACACCUUCCGUUACUCUCCUGACAAGAAUGAGUGGCGCCUAUACACCUGUCCUACCGCUCCACCGCCGCGAUCAGCACACGCAGUUGUACCUCUUGCCAAGGAAGGUGGACAGCUCUGGCUUUUUGGCGGCGAAUACUCGUCCUCGAAUCAGUCCAACUUCUUGCAUUAUCGGGACUUGUGGUGUUUCAGCGUUAAAGACCAUUCAUGGGCGAAAGUAGAGGUUAGCAAAGGACCCUCGGCGAGGUCUGGACACAGAAUGGCUGUCUGGAAGCAGUAUAUUGUAUUGUUUGGAGGGUUCCAAGAUACCGGUAUCAAAACAACGUACCUGUCGGACCUGUGGUUGUUCGACACGGAGUUGUACAAGUGGAAGCAGGUGGAGACGAAGGAUGCCAAACGAGCGCCCGGUCCUCGCUCAGGGUUCUCGAUGAUCCCAUGUUCAGAAGGCGUCAUCGUAUACGGCGGGUACAAGAAGGAGUAUACCGGUGGCAAGAACUUCGUUGGGCUCGCACUAGACGAUAUGUGGACCCUUAAAAUGGAUGCGGACCUCACAAAACUCGUCUGGGAAAAACGCAAGAAGGGUGGCUUGGCCCCUUCCAGCCGUUCCGGCUGUUCAAUGACUCACUGGGCCACCAAGGGCAUGGGAGUCCUAUUCGGAGGAGUGCACGACGAGGAAGAAAAGGAGGACAUGAAGUCGGUAUUUUACAACGACCUCUUCUCUUACAACCCCGCGAAUAAUAAAUGGUCGAUGGUCACGCUUCAAGCAAAGAAGAAGAAGAUGGGCGGAGGCGGUGCCAAGGCGAAGCGAUUGGCUCGUGAAGCCAAGGCGCUUGCUGCAGCACAAAGCGGUGGGGAUGGACAGGACGUCGAUAUGGACGCACCCGCAGCUACCCCGGCCGCUGGUGACGAGGAAGACGACAGCGACGAGGACAGCGAUGCAGAGGAAAAGCCUGCUGGCGAGAACGGUAUGGAUGUCGAAUCGCAGAAUCAGAGCGGCCAGAGUAAUGCCUUGGUUCCGCCGCUGGUCCGAUACAACGCCAUGAUUGCCGUGCUGAAGAACACGUUCUACCUCUACGGAGGCUCCUGGGAGUCGUCCCGCCGGGAAUAUACGCUCGAUGACUUUUACUCGCUUAACUUGGACAAGCGGGACGGGUAUGUGACACUCCGUGCCACCAACAUCGAAGGUGAAGAUUGGCAAGGUAGUGACGACGAAGACGAGAUGGACGUCGAGAGUGAGGAGGAGGACGAUGAAGAAGAUGGGGAUGAUAGCGAGGAUAGCGAGGAAGACGACGAAGAGUGAGAAAGACUUUAUACAGAAAUCGUCGACAUUCGUACUGGUCAUCUCAAGAAGAUUGUUACAAUGUAGGUCGUAUACAACAAUAACAUGGCAACACCGAUGCUCCUCUUGAACAGCCCAAACCAGACGACGGUCCACAUGAGAAGCGAACUAGCGACGACCACGAUGACAUCCACCCAGAUCCACCUUAGUCCCUUGAUCCCUCUAAUCCUUCCCGAGGCGUUACCAGAAGUGAAAGGCAACUCGCCCGAGACGGUCCAAACGAUCCCGAG